AUGGAGGAGUUGCACAUUUACAACAACUCAUGGGAUGAAAGUUUUAAUGACACCAACAUCAGUAACAACAAUUAUCAAAACUCAUCCUACGUGUUUGGCUGCUUUGGAGGCAGUGAAGGCUUCAUUUUUUAUGUUUUUACAUGGAUCAUCAUCUGCGUCGGCCUUCCUCUGAUCGUACUGGCUAUCUACUCACUGUGUUCUAUGGUCAGAAAGGAUCACGGUGCUCCAGUCUAUGUCAUCAACCUCCUCAUUUCUGACAUCAUUCAACUAAUUUGCAUGAUUGGUUGGGUGACAAACAGCUGCAACCUUAUGUUCCUUUAUAUUUACAAUCAUGGUCUGUUGUCCAGUGUUGGCUUCAUGGUGUGUAUCUCCCUAGAAAGGUAUCUGGUCAUCGUCUGGCCGCUGUGGUACAGAUUCAGAAGAAACAUCAAGACCUCUGUGGUGGUCUGUGUCCUAGUCUGGAUCCUUCCUCUUGUUUAUGUCCUUCCAUGCCAUUUUAUGGUUGAUUUUCAGGUCACAAAAUACAUCUCUGCCAUCUACCACCUCGUGCCCCUCCCUCUGUUCAUCUUCUUCCUGGGUGGGACUCUUAAAGCCCUGUCUGCAUCCAUCAGUGUCUCCUCUGAUGAAAAACGAAGAAUUGUGGCAGUUUUGGUCGUAGUGCUGCUUAUUUACACACUGCUGUUUCUGCCCAGAGUCAUUUUGUUACUGGCAGAUGGAAUAAUGAGCGCUCAUUUCUGGAUUUUAUCUGACAUUGUUCUUGAGUUGAGUCCUCUUGCAGACUUGAUUUUGUACAUUUUCAUGAGGAAAGGAACCACAGACAAGAUUUUGGCCUCACUGUGUUGUUGCAGAAUGCAGCUCCAGGAAUCAUCAGAUGAACAGCAUGAACAGCAGACAGCAUGUACACAGUCAGCUUCAUGUAGGCAGGAAGUAGAAGUUUUAGUUUAGUUGUUGCAGUAGGAGGCAGUAGCCAGCAGGUGGUGCUGCUGUCAUUUCUGACAAUGUGGAUUACAGAAAUGGACCUCCGAGUGCUGUUAAAUCAA